AUGGCCAGUAUCCCGCCAGUUGCUGUGCCGGACGGGAAAGCGGGUGAUACGGAUGAGGAGGAGACCGAGGAUGAGGGAGUGAGCAGCUCGGAGGAAGAGGAGCUGCCUGGAGAGGCCCGCGCCACCUGGGGAAACCAAUGCGAACUGUUUCUCUCCUGCCUCGGCCUGUCCAUGGGCCUGGGGAGCUUCUGGAGAAUGCCGUCGCUCGUCCGGGCCAACGGUGGAGCCGCCUUUCUGGUCUCGUACGUGGUGGUGUCGCUGACCGUGGCCAAGCCGGUGUUCUUCAUGGAGCUCUUCCUGGGACAGUUCUCCAGCCAGGGUUCCGUCGGCGUCUGGCGGUGCGCGCCCAUCGGCAAAGGCAUCGGCAUCUGCAUGUGCUACGUGAGCCUGCUGAUCAGCACGUACUUCGUGUGCUUCACGGCGCACGCCAUGCUGUUCGCGUGGAAGUCGCUCAGCGAUCGGCUGCCGUGGGCCACGUGCGACGAGACGUGGGGCGCCGACGCCGCCUGCUUCGUGCGCCAGCCGGGAAUGGUGCCCUGCAAGGACGUCACGCGUUGGUUGGCCGAGCACUACGCGCACGCCAACCUGACCGAGGGUCGCGAGGUGGAGUACGAGGACCUGGUCUUCUACGUGCCCGACGACGUGUACAAGAACAAGUCCGACGGAUGCCAGUACGGCACCAACACGGCCGCCGAGCAGUUUUACUUCCGUCACAUCCUGGGCUUGAGCGAGAGCGUGAGCAUGACUGGCAACUUCCGCAUCGACAUCCUUGUCUGCAUCGGCAUCUGCUGGAUUGUCUUUUACUUGACCACCGCCAGGGGCAUACGCCUGUCUAGGAAGGUCGUCUACGUGACGUCACUUGUGUCGUACACGCUACUGUCGGUUCUCCUGUUACGCGGACUGGUGCGGUUGCCCGGGGCCGACUUCGGCAUCCACUACAUGCUCAAGCCGGAGUGGAGCAAGCUACUCAACAUCAGGGUGUGGUACGAGGCGAUGCAGCACAGCCUCCUGAGCGGCGGAGUCUCCACUGGCGUCAUCAUCAACGUGGGCAGCUUCAACCAAUUCUCCAGCGGAACCUACACUGUGGUUGCGGGCGUGGCCCUGGCCGAAGUGGUGUUGGGUCUGUUCAGCGGCGCCGUGGUCUUCUCGGUGCUGGGCAGUCAGUCCGAGCGGCUGGACACGCCCAUCGAGGAACUAGCACGCCACGCCCUUAUCUCGUCUCUGCUCGGAUAA